AGCGCAAACAACGAGCUAGUUAGUUUCUAAAGUAAAAAAACAAAAAAAAGAUGAAGCUCAGAGCACACAUUGAAUAAAGGGUCGGGCUUUCACGACGACACACGAAAACAUCUGGGCUCAACCCAUUUGGGAUUCUGCCCAAACCACACGUAGGAGUAAGGACCUUUCACCUGUCCCCCAUGCCCUGUUGUCCCUGUAACAAAACCAAAUUUAUUUGUUAACUGGAUCUUUCUGACAAAAGAAGCAACCAAUGGAAACUGAAGCGGAUGUAUUAGAAGAGCUAUUCAAUAUAGAGACAGAGAUUGAAGAUGUUCAAGACCAGAUAAAGUUAUUGCUAGAAAGACAAGAGAAGUUGCACGAGAGACAAUCUGAAUUGAAGUUUUUGUUGGAAGCAUAUAGAGCAUCUGGAACUGGGAAUUCUGCAAAUGAAAAUGCUUCUCGAUCUUCUUCUUUGGAAGACUGGUCAGGUUCAUUUGAGUGGGAUUCUCAAGCUGAUGAUGCCAGGCUUAAUAUUUUUGGCAUACCCUCUUAUCGUCAAAAUCAAAAGGAGAUCAUAAAUGCUAUCAUGAGCGGAAGAGAUGUUCUAGUGAUCAUGGCUGCAGGUGGUGGUAAGAGCCUUUGCUACCAGCUGCCAGCUAUUCUUCGUGAUGGCGUGGCGCUCGUUAUCAGUCCUUUACUCUCUUUGAUCCAAGAUCAGGUUAUGGGUUUGACUGCUUUAGGCAUUCCGGCUUUCAUGUUGACAUCGACCACUAGCAAGGAAAAUGAGAAGUUCAUAUACAAGGCCCUUGAAAAGGGUGAGGGUGAGCUUAAGAUCUUGUAUGUCACACCAGAAAAGAUAUCAAAGAGCAAAAGAUUCAUGUCAAAACUUGAAAAAUGCCAUAAUGCGGGGCGUCUCUCACUAAUUUCAAUUGAU